AUGUCUACCCAAUAUAGUCUACUACUAUGCGUUUUUAAAGUACUUGUAUUUUCGGUUCUGGAGAUCACGGGAACGAAUAAAAUUCCUGCACUUAUCGUGUUCGGAGACUCAACUGUAGAUGCAGGCAAUAACAAUCAAAUCCUAACCUUGGCAAAAAGUAACUUCCUACCUUACGGACAAGAUUUCGAAGGUGGAAAACCCACUGGACGGUUUUGCAAUGGUCGUCUGGGCACCGAUUUCCUGGCGGAGAGGUUAGGGAUUAAAAAGUCGGUACCUGCAUAUCUUGAUCCAGCAUUUGGUAUUGAAGAUUUUGCUACCGGAGUUACCUUUGCUUCAGCUGCAACUGGUUAUGAUGUUGUUACUUCAGACUUGUUAGCUGUGAUACCUCUAUCCGAUGAAUUGAAAUACUUCAAAGAGUACCUGGAAAAGUUAACAUCCUUUCUUGGGAAGGAUGGCGCAGUAGAGAGAGCAAGAGAGUCAUUAUACUUUAUCAGCAUUGGAACGAAUGAUUUCGUUCUGAAUUACUUCGCCUUGCCUAUACGGUCAUCUCACUUUACGGUAGAUGAAUACGCGGAUUUUCUCCUUGGUAUUGCCAGAAGUUUCCUUAUCGAGCUUUACAGUUUGGGUGCUAGAAAAAUAGUAAUGAACGGGCUUCCUCCUAGUGGUUACCUACCAAUAACAAAAACUUUGAAUCACAUUUCUGAUAGACCGAAUUUGGAAGAGCUAAAUGAAGCUAGUAAAGACUUUAAUCUCAAGUUACAAAAUGUGGUAGCGAGUUUGAGCACAGAGCUUAGGGGGAUCAAGUUAGUAUAUACAGAUAACUACUAUCCUACUCUACAUAUCAUUCAUAAUCCAAAUCUUUACGGAUUUGAGAACACAGAGGAAGGAUGUUGUGGAACGGGAAUAUUUGAGACUGGAAUUUUUUGCAAAGCGGGAAUUGCAUUACCUUGCCCUGACCCGAGUAAAUACGUAUUUUGGGAUUCAGUACACCCAACUGAAAAGGUGUAUAACAUAGUAGCCAAUAUAUUGAUGAAUAAGACUCUACCUCAACUUCUCAAGUGA